CUGUGGGAUGUGGCGGUUGCCGUCAGGAGGAGGUCGUGUCAGUCUACGUUGGUCACUGUGCGCGGUGGGAUGUAAGCUCGCUGCCUCGGGUCCCGCGAAUAUCGGUUCUGUUUUAACUUUUGAUGUGAAAGACGCAGCAAAUGAGUGAUUAGUGUUAUGUUUUGGUGAGUGAGGACGCACUCCCUCCACGGAUCUCGUCUCUUCAGCGGCUCAGCAGUAUGCCGGCUAGCACCAUGAAUCUUUACGAGAACUCUUGUCUGCGGUGCGGCCGAACCGUGUACCAGGUAGACCGCAUUGGCCCUCUCAAGGACUUCAGUUUUUUCCACACGGGUUGCUUCAAGUGCCACGUGUGCUCCUCCAAGCUGACCCUCAAGACGUACUGCAAUAACCAGGACGACCAGGAUGACAAAGAAGUGUACUGCUCGUCUCACGUGCCCAAAAUUGGACCGGGGCACUUGGACGGGGAUGCCGUGGGCAUCCGGUCGGCGCUCAACGUGCCCAAGUCCGCGAAUUUCGUCAACGAUCAAAUCAGACCAGGAGGACGACCCUCUAUUGACGGAGACGCCCUGGUCUUGAGAUCACCUUAUUCGAGGGGUAACGGCAGCGGCAACGGAUCGGAGAACGGCCACAAUUCCUCUUUCAGCGACUACAAAUACGGGCGUUUUGACCACACCGCCCUCCACAUCGCGCACGCCCUCAAUGCCACCAAGAUCCAGAGGGUGUACGACAAACCCAUCGACCAGUACCUGGAUGUGGCGAUACAGAAGCAGAUGGAGAUGAAACACCGCCUGGAGGAAGACGACCUGUACAAGAGGUUCGCCAAGCAGAGGGCGGCCGAGGAAGCCCGCAUGAACGACCACCUGAAGGAGGAGUGGGAGACGGAGCUGGAGAAACUGACGUCACAAUUCGAGCGCGACCUGGCGAUGAAGAAGCGCUCCCGGGAGGAGUCCAAGGUCCUGACGGUGAAGCACCAGAAGGAGCGAGAGGAACUUGAGAAGAACAUGACGAUCAAGAGGGACAUGAAGAAGGAGAACCUCUCUCGCAAGAUGCUGGAACACGAGAGGGCGGCCACAGCAGCUCUGGUAGAGAAACACAGCAAGGAGAUGAUGCGCCUCAUUCAGGAGAAGAGAUCCGAGUUCCUGGACGACGAGGAGGAGGUCCUAGAACACUACCCUGCCCAACCCCCUCCGCCCUUGCCUCCCCCGCAGACCAAGACCGACAUCUAUACGGAUCCCGACGAAUUUGCUGAAGUCGAUCAGCUGGCUAUUCAGGUGGCACAAGAAGACCAGAAGACCUUCACGGACCUGGUGAGAAUGCUAGUCGGCCAGUGCAUUUCGGACGUGGAAAAGGCCAGGACGAUCUUCCGCUGGAUCACUGUCAAGAACUUGAAUUCCAUCACCUUCGACGACUCGGCGCACGGGGACACCCCCAUGGGGUUGCUGAGGGGCAUCAAAUACGGGACUGAGUCCUACCACGUCCUUUUCAAACGUCUUUGCAGUUACGCCGGUCUGCACUGCGUCGUCAUCAAAGGAUACAGCAAAUCCGCAGGAUACCAGCCAGGCGUCAGGUUCGAGGACAACAGAUUCCGCAACUCCUGGAACGCCGUGUACGUCGCAGGGGCGUGGCGGUUCGUCCAGUGUAACUGGGGCGCCAGGCACCUGGUCAAUGCCAAGGAAGUGCCCAAGCCAGGGGGCAAGAAUAAGAGUGAUAGUCUCAGGGAGGCGUCACGCCGAGUAGCCGCAAGAAAUAACCUAAGAUACGAAUACGACGAUCACUAUUUCCUGACGGACCCCAAGGAGUUCAUCUACGAGUUCUUCCCCCUGCAGUCAGAAUGGCAGCUCCUGAAGGCGCCCAUCAGCCUUCACGAGUUCGAGGAGCUGCCCUUCGUGAGAUCCUUGUUCUUCCGAUACGGUCUCUACUUCCCAGACGAACACACCAAAGCUGUCAUGUUCACCGAUUCGACAGGCGCAGCCACAAUCAGAAUUGGGAUGCCAAGCCAUAUGCAGUCGUCCUUAAUUUUCCAUUACAAUCUCAAGCUCUACGACUCUGAUAAAGAUCAGUACGACAGCGUUUCUCUGAAGAGAUUCGUUAUGCAGAAUCUCACCUACGUACAGAAACGGAAUUUCGAAUCGACCCUCCCCUCCGUUGUUGGUAACCUCGUAGCCUUCAGAGUCCACGCUCCUUGUUCAGGAGCCCUGCUCUUGGACAUCUUCGCAAACGCCGUCACGCCCCGCGAGUACCUCACCGGGGAACCCAUGAAAUUCAAGAGCGUCUGCAAAUUCAAGAUCGUGUGCGAUGACCUCCAGACCGUCAUGGUCCCUCUGCCUGACUGCGCCUCUGGGGAAUGGGGACCAGCCAAGGCGACGCGGCUCUUCGGACUCGAACCCAUCUCGCACCAAGACGCCCUGAUUUUCGCGGGGCGCGACCAGGAGAUUCAGUUCCACAUGACCAGACCCCUGACCGACUUCAUGGCCACGCUGCACAAGAACGGCUCCGAGGAGAAGCGACUCAGCAAGUACGUCAGCCACAGAGUGACUGACGACAUCGUGACGUUCGCUCUCAGUUUUCCCGAAGAGGGGCAGUACGGUUUGGACAUCUACACCAGAGAAGUCGGAGCCCCUGACUCGACAGGGCCGGCUGAGAAGCAUCUUCUGACACACUGUUGCAAGUACUUGAUCAAUUCGUCCAAGAGGAAUUAGGGGCGAGAACGCCCUUCUUUAUUUUUUUUUUUUUUUUUG